AGGGUAUUUCCACCCCUGUCUUGGCUUGAGCUGUCAAACUCCUUAAACAUGAUAUCUACAGUAUGCAAUGCGUUUUUUACUCUGCGUGGCGGUGUUUAUGAAUAUCAGAUGGCAUCUGGGGAUUAAUCUUCAUAGUAGACAAUAACUAGGAAAAUAACCACUAUAUUCUACAAUAUUAUUACUCAGUGAACAUAAUUGGACGUAGUAGGUUUAUUCUUGUGAAGUCUGCUCACCAAUUAACCCAUUCGGUCGCCCACCCUUUACAGAAGCCCAGAUUGAGCGGUCGGCCAGGCACUGGUUCUAAGAAUACCACACACGCCUACUGUAUCAAUGACGCCUGGGACAUAUUUAACACGCUUAUAACUAUCUAGUCGGGGCGUGUACUGGAAAAACCCAGCAUGGUUCAGAUACUGUAGCUACUGUACUUCUGUAUUAAAGUAUAUCAAGGACAUCCAACCAUCAUUUCAAACCAAGGACGUGGCUUUUGAAAAGUCAAUGAUUAUUUUGUUUAUUUGUUACCAAAUGACAAAUAAUGACUCACUGCAAGUACGUGAUAUUGGGUAUAUCUGGUGAUGGGGAUAUAAAUGAGCGGAACUAACGCGCCCGAUCUGUUUCAUCUUAUCGUCUCGCUGCCGACUGCCGUGUCCACUCUCAUCUCGUCGCCUCGCCUCUGCUUCCCUCGUCUGUAACGUGGUCGGCGUGGGAGGGGAGUGGUUGUUUGAAUGAAUAUGAGAAUCGCACGCCUCGAGCAUCUUAAAAGCAACGAGCGGCGAAGCGACGCGCAAUGUCCAAGGAGACGCAUUUCAACUAAAGCGUUUUGCAUGUUUUUUUUUGUUUUGACUCAAUGUGCUGCAAAAUAUAAUAUUUACACACACACAGGUUUAUUUUAGAAUGAGUCCAGAAGUGCGUCCUGUGCGCUUUGAUGUGUGUUUAGAUUGUGUGCUGUCUACCUUGUGUCUGAUAGUUGUUCUACAGUGUGGUGUUGUGUCUGCUGCUUCUGGACGCGAUGCUUACAGCGAGCGGGGUAAGCAGUCGCUCCUGGGAAGCCACCUGGACCAAGUAGAGAGUUAUGAGGUUACCUAUCCCAGAUGGCUCAAUCCCGUUAGGAACAGAAGAUCGUCCAGACAGCAGUUUCCCUCAAAGGCAGAGGUUUUCAUAACAGCUGAAGGACAGGAGCUGAGAUUACAACUGGAAAAGAAUGAGCAGCUGCUGUCCCCCGGAUACCAGGAGAUAUGGUACACUCCGUCUGGCAGCCGUCGCACCUCCACCCCUGGCCACACAGGCCACUGUUUUUACCAUGGGGAGGUCCAGGGCAUGGAGGGGUCCAGUGUGGCAGUCAGCACCUGUUCAGGACUUAGGGGGCUGAUAUCUCUGAACACCAGCGUCAGCUACGUCGUCGAGCCUCUCCCCGUUGCCACGGAUACCCCGUCGCCGCCUCCCCACGCCGUGUACAGAGCCGAGAGCCUCCGCCUGCGCAACGGCAGCUGCCCGCAUCACCAUGGCAACGAGGAGCACGAGGACUCUCUCGAUCGUUUCAUCCACGGAAUGAUGACGGAGCACACAGCGAGGGUAAGACGAGACAUCAGCCAGAAUAUGAAAUACGUGGAGCUGCUGCUGGUGGCCGACCAUGCCGAGUUUGAAAAGCACGGCCUUGAUCUCGACCGAACCAGGAGGAAGCUACUGGAGGCUGCCAACCUGGUUGACAAGUACUACAGGGCCCUGAACAUCCGGGUGGCUCUGAUCGGUCUGGAGGUGUGGUCGAACCGGGACCAGAUCGCCGUGUCGGACAACCCCUACAGCACGCUGGCAGCUUUCCUGGCCUGGAGACGCAAGCAGCUCCGCGCCCUGCCCAACGACAACGCCCAGCUCAUCACGGGGAUUUCGUUCCAGGGCACCACCAUCGGCCUGGCACCCCUGAAGGCCAUGUGCUCUGACUACCAGUCCGGGGGUGUGAACGCGGACCACGCUAAGUCAGCGGUGGGCGUCGCCGCCACCAUGGCCCACGAGAUGGGGCACAACUUCGGGAUGAGCCACGACGGGGCGGGAUGCUGCCAGGCCCGGCCCGAGGACGGAGGCUGCAUCAUGGCCGCGGCCACCGGGGACCCCUUCCCGCGUGUGUUCAACGGCUGCAACCAGAGGGAGCUGUCCCGGUACCUGGGCUCGGGAGGGGGGAAGUGUCUCUUCAACCUGCCCAACACCAGGGCCAUGUACGGGGGCCAGCGCUGCGGCAACGGCUACCUGGAGGACGGCGAGGAGUGUGACUGCGGAGGCGAAGAGGAAUGCACCAGCCCCUGCUGUAAUGCCAACAACUGUACGCUGAAAGCCGGGGCCGAAUGUGCCCACGGAGUCUGCUGUGAUGACUGCAAGCUGAAGAGUCCCGGGGUGGAGUGUCGCGCCCCCUCUGGGUCAUGUGAUCUUCCCGAGUACUGCGACGGCAAGGCGGAGUCGUGCCCGGCCAACUUCUACCUGGUGGACGGCGUGGGGUGUGGCGGGGGGCGGGGCUACUGCUACACCGGCAUGUGUUUGAGUCUGGAGCAGCAGUGUCGCUCACUGUGGGGGGCCGAUGGUCACCCCGCGCCUGACGUGUGUUUCGAGCGGGUCAACAAGGCGGGGGACUCCUUCGGGAACUGCGGUAAAGAUUUGCUGGGGAAAUACCGAGGCUGCAAGGAGAGAGACGCUAAAUGCGGUAAGAUCCAGUGCGCGAGUUCGGCCAUGAAGCCCAUCGAGACCAACGCCGUUUCCAUAGACACCACGGUGGUCCAGGGCAACGGGGUGAUCCUGUGCAGGGGCACCCACGUCUACCAGCCCGGGCAGGAGGGCGCGGGCCAGGGGGACACCCUGGACCCGGGGCUGGUCAUGACCGGCACCAAGUGUGGGGCGGACUCGCUCUGCUUCGAGGGACAGUGCCGCAACGCUUCCUUCCUACGGGCAGGAGAGUGCAGUGCCAAGUGCCAUGGCCACGGGCUGUGUAACAACUACCACAACUGCCACUGUGAUUCAGGCUGGGCCCCGCCCCUCUGCGACCGGGUGGGGGCGGGGGGUAGCGUGGACAGCGGACCAGUCAUCAGUCGGGGAGGCCUCCUUCCCCUCCUGCUGAUCCUGCCCUUGGUUCUGUUUCUGGCGCUGGCCGCCGUUACACUCGGGUGCUGCUACAGGCAUAAGCUCCGCCCCCUGAAAUCCCCCGCCACCGCCCGGAUGCCGCAAGGUCCCAGACCAGCUGAGGCCAAGACUCCGCCCACCACAGGCCCCGCCCACGGUCACAGCAACCCCACCUUCUCGCUUAAGAGACAGGAGUCUCUCCAGCAGUCCACCCCGCGGCCCGGCCCGCCCUGCGCAUCCCGCUCCAGGUAUUCCAUCGUGAGACCCACCGGGAAGCCUCCCCCCGUACCGGCCUACGCCACCAAGCCCGCGCUCGGACCCCCACCGGUCCCGGCGCAGGGGCCUCAGACCUCGGGGCCCGCUCCGCCCCAGUCCCGCCCCACCCCUCCUCCACCUCCUCCACCGGCUCCUCCAUCCGUCCACGCCGGCCGGCCGAGGAAGGGGCACACACCGCCUCCUGCUCCGCCCCCGCCUCCGCACCUCGGGGUCCAGGGUUCUGAUCCGGGCCCCCCCAGCCCCCGCCCGGAGGCCCCGAACCGACCGCCCCCACCCUGUCCCGUGAGAAGGACCGUUCCGUUGCUCUAUGUUCGGUUCACCGGAUAA